AUGUCGAUCAACCAAUCGAAUAGAUCAAAUUUAAGUCUUCCCAGUACAUCCGAUACGAAAGACAGAUUAUCACAUGCGAAUAGUGAAACAGACAAUAUCUCAACGAAACAGAUUGCCAAAAUCGUUUUACUAACAAUAGUAUCCGUCAGCUUGAUAGUGAUAGGAUCAAUGUACAUGAAACAGUGUCCUGUUGGAGCAUACAUUCCGGUCUAUUUACUAGUAACAGGUCUAAUGGGACUUUUGAAAGCUCUACUAAGUCUUCGUACUGGAGUGCCUAGCGAUCCGAGUGAGCAAACCGUUUUGCGUCAAGCUCUGAUGGCCAAUUCAUCGAAAUCUGCGUCACUCAUCAACUUCGACAUGGUUAAGGUUUGGAGAUCCUUUGUGGAGAACGAUCGACCAAAAAAUGUUAUCGUAUUGGAAAACCAAUUUUUUGGCGAGUCUGUUGGAACCAGCACCGAACUUCAGUCUGCGGAUGUCGGAGCGAAAUAUACUACAAUGCCAACUAAAUUGAAGGAAUUAUAUGUUCAUUCCUGGUUGCAUAUUAUAUCGUUCUUGGAUGUGCUGGACACAAUAAAUUUGGCCAAAACAAGCAGACUAAUGAAGUCAAUUGCAAAGCAGAGCUACAUCAGAUUUUCUCAUAUUUCAUUUGGUGAAUCGUCAGUCGAUGUGUCCGAACUGCCAUUGGUUCUGGAAGAAAUCGGAGACGAUGUACGAUCUGUAGUGAUAUCUGGGCUAAAUGUUCGAAUGCUGGACUGUUUGCUAAAGUGUUGCCCAAAUUUGACUGAGCUAAAACUGAUCGAUUCAUCAAACAUUUUAAAUUCAAUGCCAUUUGGAAAGUACUUGCCUCUUUUGAAGAAUAUUACCAAUUUAGAAAUUCGAAAAAGUGGAAUUUAUUACAGUAAAAUGAAUCGGGCGAAACGAUUUCAGAAUAUCGAUUCACUUUUAGCUACUCUCACUGAAAUUGAUACAUUAAAUUCAUUAAAAAUUGAUUACAUUGAAACCGGUGAUAAGACUUUUCAUCAUUUAAAAUCGAUUAAAAAUUUGAAAUGUUUGCAUUUGAACAGAUAUCUAGCCACUGUUCCGGUACCACCCAUCAUACCUAAUUUUUUACAUCUUAAAGAGUACCUAUUUACUUAGUAUUGAAGACAGCAAAACCAGCGAAAUCAUUUCAGAGCUAGUGGUCACGGGUUGAAAUUUUUUAUUUGAGCUGCGCUGCUACUUUCUUUUUUUUUGUAAAAU